AUGGCCACAACAGCUACAAGAAGGCUAACGAAACCACGGUCUCGUAACGGCUGCAUCACAUGCAAGAUUCGACAUGUAAAAUGUGACGAAACCAAGCCCUACUGCACGCAAUGCCAAAGCUCUGGGAGGAAGUGCGACGGGUACGAUAACGUCUCGCAGACCCAACUUCGCCAGCGCAUCACCGAGCGCCACCAACCGCUCAACAGAAACGUCUUGAGCGCAGACCACCGACUUAUUCUACGACAGGAGAGUCCGACCGAGAGGCGCUACGUCGACUUCUUCAACACGCGCACAUCGCAUGCUUUCUCUGGCUUCUAUGAUAGCAAGCUGUGGUCAUACCUUAUACCUCAGUUCGGGGAGUAUGAGCCAAGCGUGCGGCAUGCUAUUACUGCCAUUGGGGCGAUCCAUGAGCGAGUCGAGCUUAGUGCUGCAGAAGAAGCUGGCGAUGCAGUUGUCCUGAGGGAGGGCGGCUCAGCACCAACGGAGCGGUUCGUGCUUGAGGAGUAUAACAAGUCCAUUCAAACACUGGUCAAGUCGCUUUCUGCGCAGAGCCGAGGGGGUAACAUUGAUCUCACGCUAACGGCGUGCUGUCUGUUUAUAUGUCUGGAGAUGCUGCGAGGGAACCGGAAGGAGGCUUUGGAUCAUAUCGAGGCCGGACUGCGGAUAAUUUACAAGCAUGAACAGUCCACGCCACCGGGCUCAGCUUGGACCAGCGAGCUAUACCAACAACUCCGCGACCUCUUCCUCCGACUCAAUCUCCAAGCAGCGUUUAUGAGUCGUCUAUUGAUGCCACUGAGCAUGGAUUCGUUAGAUACCAGGCCGGGGCAGACCUUCAUGAACUGGCCCGAAGCAAGAUCGCAACUCGACCAACUAAUGACAAAAGCCCUACUUUACAUUCGCACCGUCGGCAUCAUGCGCGAAAAACGACCCCCAGCACUCGAAGCUGAGUUAGAAGCUGAGCAAGAGCAGAUCCUCAUUGAAAUACUGUCGUGGCGAUCAUCACACGAUAAACUUCUCCACAAACUAGGACCGAACAUCCAACAAUCAGAUCUCUGCGCCUCCCUAUUACUCCGAGUGUACUACUAUAUUGCACUGAUGUGGGUUAGAGUUGUGCUAAACCGUGACGAGCAUGGAUACGAUAGAUACACCGUCGAUUUCGAGUCCGCGGUAUGCUACGCUGAGGAGAUUAUCCGCCUAACCUCUCUCUGUCCCGACUCGACGGCAGCGACGACUACCGACAGUGCGAAAACAAAACAAGCAAAAUCAGUCUUCUCCCUCGAAGGUGAAAUCAUCGGACCCAUGUAUUUCACGGCCGUCCGCUGUAGGAAUCCGUCUCUCCGCCGCCGAGCGAUCAAUACUCUCCUUCACUACUCCAAGCGCGAGGGGUUUUGGGAUGCGCGGAUAUAUGCAAAUGUCGCUAAACUUGUUGUUGAGGUUGAGGAGAGUCAAUGUUCGGAGCCGCCGACAAGCGAAAAAGACAUUAGCUCAUUGGCAAGAGUGUAUGAGGAGGUGCAACCGAAGGAUUUCAAGCCGAACCCGGUGCAGGUCCUGCUCUAUAUGAAGCCCGAGGGGGUAGAUGGGCCAUGGAAGAUGAGAAGUUAUAUGGUUGAGUGGUAG